AUGGAGUGCUACAUGCCAAAUAAUCCACAGUUCGGGUUGGCGGACUACUGCGGGGGCUGCCACGGGCUCUGCUGCGACCCGCUGCAGUGCACGUGCGUGGAGAAUCAGUUGAGAGAGUUCCCUGAGGAGGAGUGUUGUCAGGCAAGUCAGGAACAAGAGAACUGCUGCCCAGAAAAUGGAGAGGACUUGAACGCGUUGGGCGACAGCAUCGGAGGUUGCGAGGUCCCGCUUUCGGGUGAAGUCGCGGAGGGCUGGUCAGAAGACAUGGGGUCCUUCUCCUUACCGCCGUUGGAGUUGGACCCUCUACCAUCUCUGUUCCCGUUUUCACCCUGCUCUGGUUACAAGUAA